AGCAUUAAGAGCUGUCAAGCUGUCGGCACGGUCACGUGACGCUUUAGUAUGGCUUCCCAGUGUCUCCGUGAUACAGAUUUUUGGCACUAGGAGUUACGCUAAGCCUGAGGAUACUGCAGUGUGACCGUGCUUUAUAAUUUGAUUUGUGUGAGAUUGAACAGCACCUCAAAAUGCAAAAGAUCAAGUCACUAAUGACCCGUCAGGGUCCAAAAAGUCCACAGGAUAACAUACAUGAUCUCAGUCCAGUAGAAAACUUCAGAAUUCCUACAAAGGAGGAGCUGCGAGAGUUGCGGGAACUUCCCACUGAUCCUCAGGCAGAGCAAGAAUUAAUCAACAGCAUUGAAGAUGUUUAUUUUUCCAAUGACUCUUUUGAUAUUGUCAAAUAUGAUCUGGAGAAAUUACCCCCAGUUCUGAGUCUACAAGAGAUAGAGGAGUACAGAGACAAGCUGAAGCGACAACAGGCCGCAGUAUCCAAAAAGGUUGCAGAUCUGAUUCUUGAAAAGCAGCCUUCAUAUGUCAAGGAACUUGAACGUGUUACAUCUUUGCAGACAAGUCUUCAACUAGCAGCAGUCAUUUGCACUAAUGGAAGAAGACAUUUAAAUGCCGCAAAGGAAGGUUUUACUCAAGCGAGCCUAGGACUUCUGGCAAACCAGAGAAAAAGGCAGUUGCUGAUUGGACUGCUUAAAUCCUUGAGGACAAUUAAAACACUGCAAAGAACCGAUGUUCGCCUAAGUGAAAUGCUAGAGGAGGAAGAUUAUCCAGGAGCUAUUCAGCUCUGCUUGGAAUGCCAGAAGGCUGCUAGUACAUUUAGACACUACAGCUGUAUAAGUGAAUUAAAUUCAAAACUGCAAGACACUCUCGAACAAAUUGAGGAACAAUUAGAUGUUGCCCUUUCUAAAAUAUGCAAAAACUUUGAUGUUGGUCAUUAUACCAAGGUGCAGCAGGCCUAUAGACUUCUGGGAAAAACACAGACUGCAAUGGACCAGUUGCAUAUGCACUUUACUCAGGCUAUCCACAACACUGUUUUUCAAGUUGUUCUUGGAUAUGUGGAGCUGUGUGCUGGAAACACGGACACAAAGUUUCAGAAACUGCCAUAUAAGGACCUUUGCAUGCACAUAACAUCAGACAGCUAUAUUCCAUGCCUUACUGAUCUGUGCAAGGCACUCUGGGAAGUAAUGCUUAGUUAUUUUCGAACAAUUGAGUGGCAUGAAAAAUAUGACCGCAAAGAGAAUAAUCCUUCAACUUCAGAUAGUAAUAAUACUACUGGGGAUGAAGAGACCAACUUUGAUCGAAAUUAUAUUAAAAAGAAAUUGGAACACGGAUUAACAAGGAUAUGGCAGGAUGUUCAAUUAAAAGUGAAAACAUAUCUCCUUGGAACUGAUAUGUCCAUUUUCAAAUAUGAUGAUUUCAUUCUUGUUUUAGAUAUAAUCAGCAGGCUUAUGCAAGUUGGAGAAGAAUUCUGUGGCAGUAAAUCAGAAGUCUUGCAAGAAUCUAUAAGGAAGCAAAGUGUCAACUAUUUUAAGAAUUAUCACAGAACACGUCUUGAAGAACUAAGGAUGUUCCUUGAAAAUGAGACCUGGGAACUAUGCCCAGUGAAGUCAAGUUUUAGUAUCCUUCAGUUGCAUGAAUUUAAAUGUUUGGGACAGUCUCGUUCUCCUUCCAUGUCUCCAAGUAAACAAGCUUCCUCAGGAGAAACAGCAACCGUUUCCUUAUUUGAGCAGUAUACCAAUGGAGGCAAUCCGUUUGAAAUACAAGCUGCUAUAAAGGAUGACGAGUCUGAAGAUGUACUUGCUUCAAACGGAUACGAAUCUGAUGAGCUUGAGAAAAGUGCCUAUCAGGAAUAUGACAGUGACAGUGAUGUUCCUGAAGAACUUAAGAGGGAUUAUGUGGAUGAACAGACAGGAGACGUACCUACCAAAAGUGUUUCAAGAGAAACCCUGAGGAUCCGAAAGAGAUCAGAUUAUAGCCUGAACAAGAUGAAUGCACCCAUCUUGACAAACACUACGCUGAAUGUAAUAAGACUUGUUGGAAAAUAUAUGCAGAUGAUGACGAUUUUGAAGCCAAUUGCCUUUGAUGUCAUUCACUGCAUGUCCCAGCUGUUUGAUUACUACUUAUAUGCCGUGUACACCUUUUUUGGCCGUAACGAUGCAUAUGAAACCACAGGUCUAGGUCUGAGUAGCAGUCGGCUAAGAACGACUCUGAACAGAAUCCAGGAGAGUUUAAUCGACCUGGAAGUCUCCGGGGAAAAUGUUGGAUCCCAGAUUUCUUCAGAGGAUAGGAAAGAAAAAGUUCCAAGCCCACACCUCAGUCACAUGGUGGUGCUAACUGCUAGUGGAACUCUCUAUGGCCUUGCAGAGAGAGUUGUGGCAACAGAGUCUUUAGUUUUCUUGGCUGAGCAGUUUGAAUUUCUACAAACACAUCUUGAUUCCGUGAUGCCUGCAGCUAAAAAACCUUUCCUCCAGCAAUUCUAUUCACAGACUGUGUCAACAGCCAGUGAACUCCGCAAGCCAAUUUACUGGAUUGUAGCUGCAAAAGCUAUUGAUUAUGAACAGUUAUUGCUUCUUAUGGCCAACGUGAAAUGGGAUGUAAAAGAAAUCAUGUCACAACACAAUAUUUAUGUGGAUGCUCUUUUGAAGGAGUUUGAAGAAUUUAAUAAGAAACUAAGUGACCUUUCGAGGCAUGUCCGUAUCCCUUUGCCAGUUUCUAAUAUUCUUUGGGAACAUUGCAUUAGACUAGCCAACAGAACUCUUGUGGAAGGUUAUGCAAAUGUAAAGAAAUGCAGCAAUGAGGGCCGUGCUCUAAUGCAACUGGAUUUCCAACAAUUCCUAAUGAAGCUAGAGAAGCUCACAGACAUCAGGCCAAUUCCUGACAAAGAGUUUGUGGAGACUUACAUCAAAGCAUAUUACUUGACUGAAAAUGACAUGGAACGAUGGAUCAAAGAACACAGGGAGUAUUCAACAAAGCAGCUGACAAAUUUGGUGAAUGUUUGCUUGGGAUCUCACAUUAAUAAAAAAGCCAGGCAGAAACUUCUAGCAGCUAUUGAUGACUUGGACAGACCUAAGAGAUAAUCAUCCAGUUGGAUGAUCUGAUCAUAUACAAUGACAAAAAAUAAACAUUUGCAUGCAUUUAGUUUUUUGUUUGGAUGCAUUACCUAAAUAUCCUAAUAUUUUUAUUUUUAAAUAUGUAAUUAUAUGUUACCUUUUUGGUUUCUGAUCAUGAUCAUUUGAACACUUUUUUUAAUACCUACAUAUCAUUCCAUAUUGUACUAUUUUUAACAAUAGGAAUAAUUAUUUUGUAUUUAUAUGGGAUAGUUUUCUUAAAUAUUAAGAUAUCAGUAAACCGUCCAUGGUGUGUACAUUUUGAAGACUGAUUAUUCCAUAGCUCAAUUAUUGAACAUCUGCAUAUAAAAAAAUAUGAAGACUUAUUUACUGAGUAAGGAUCAAUAAAGACAUCCGUUUUUGAACACAUUUGUUAAUAUAUUUGUACUAGUAUGUGAAAACUGUGACCAAUUAAAAUAUUUUUGCUUACUGUUACACCUUAGUCCAUAACAAUAAUGUCUGAUCUAUAGUUAUUUGAUGAGGUUAUUAACUAUCCUACAUAUUUUAGAAAACAAACAAAAGCAAAAUAUCUAAUUAUUAGGUAUGUUCUUGGAUUCUGUACAUUAAAGUGUAGCAAUGCGUGCAGAUUUUCAUUAUUUGCCUUAAAAGGACAGUAAAGGCAAAGUUAAACAUUCAUGAUUCAGAUAGAGCAUGUCAUUUUUAACAACUUUCCAGUUUACUGUUAUCAAAUUUGCUUUGUUUUCCUUGUCUCCUUUGUUAAAGGGUCAGAAAGGCCAAUAUUGAAAUGAAAUGUACAUAAAAGCAUUUCAAUUUAAAACAGAAGUAUUUUAGCAAUACAUUUCCAUUAGCAAAAAAAAUAACUUCUAGUAAAAGUUUCUAAUUUUCUGCGGCAUACGCACACGUCCUGUGCCCGUGCACCAGUAGUCAAGCUCAAAGAGCUGGUGAUUGCUUCUGUGAAGAUGUAAUUUGUGUCAAACAAGCCACCACUGACUCACUGAGAAGGUAGUGUUUGAAUACUGAUGCAAGUGCCCUUAAAAGAUAUGUGCAUAUGCUGUAGAAAAAACAGUAAUAACUUUUACUAGAAGCAUUUUCUCUAAUGGAUGUAUAUUGCAAAAAUGCUUCUAUUUCACAUUGAAAUGCACCCGUGCAGAUUUCAAUUUUGACCUUUCUAUCCAUUUAAAGAAGUGAGCUUAUGAGUGUGAUCUUUCACAGUCUAUGGCAGCAGUAUUUGCAACAUUGCAUAGCCAUGCAAUAAACAAUGCUGCUAACACUGCUGCCAGAUGGCUAAAGACACGUGCACGCUCCUCAGCUAAACUAAGAUUACUCUUAAACAAAGGAGCACUAAGCAAAAUGUAUAAUAGAAGUACAUUAGAAAAGUGUUUAAAAUGCCAUGCUCUAUCCUAUCAAUUUAAGUUAAAUUUUGACUUUACUAUUCCUUUAAGUCUGAUUUAAUUAGGGAAUAGAACAAUUUCCCAACCUUUUUGUCAAAUUGUUGUUCAAGGAAUAGGGCUAAAGAUAUAUAUAUAUUGUUGCUGUAGUAGUUAUUUUAUCAAGAAUGGUCUUUUCUGAUGGUAAACUAAUAUUCACAGUAAAAUUUGUAUAUAGUGCACAAAAUUAUUAUGUGAGUUAUUUAAUGAAAUAUUAAAAUCAUGACUUGGAAUACCCUUUAUUGGACUGAAAACACCCCAACUUUUGGUUUCUAUGGCUGUUUUUUUUUUUUUUCUUUUAUCUUUGUUGUGUUUUUUGUCAUCUCAUUGUACAAAAAUGCAUAUAAUAAUAAUUGUUAUUGUAUUGCAAUGCUUUCAUAGUAAAAAGACCCAACUAAAUAUAUGAAAAGAUGAUGUUUGGAAACAAUGAAAAUAUAAUAAAGACACUAAUAAUGAACCAAAAAAA